GGCCAGCCGGCUGCAUGGCGCGCUGCGAGCGGCUGCGCGGCGCGGCCCUGCGCGACGUGCUGGGCCAGACGCAGGGCGUCCUGUUCGACUGCGACGGGGUGCUGUGGAACGGCGAGCGCACCGUCCCGGGCGCCCCCGAGCUGCUGCAGCGACUGGCGCGAGCGGGGAAGGCCACGCUGUUCGUGAGCAACAACAGCCGGCGCGCGCGGCCCGAGCUGGCGCUGCGUUUCGCCCGCCUGGGCUUCGCGGGGCUGCGCGUCGAGCAGCUCUUCAGCUCGGCUCUGUGCGCCGCGCGCCUGCUGCGCCAGCGCCUGCCGGGGCCGCCCGACGCCCCAGGCGCCGUGUUCGUGCUGGGCGGCGAGGGGCUGCGAGCCGAGCUGCGCGCCGCGGGGCUGCGCCUGGCGGGGGACCCCGGCGACGAGCAGCGCGUGCGCGCCGUGCUCGUGGGCUACGACGAGCACUUCUCCUUCGCCCGGCUGAGCGAGGCGUGCGCGCACCUGCGCGACCCCGACUGCCUGCUCGUGGCCACCGAUCGCGACCCUUGGCACCCGCUCAGCGACGGGAGCCGGACCCCCGGUACUGGAAGCCUGGCCGCCGCCGUGGAGACCGCCUCAGGGCGCCAGGCCCUGGUGGUGGGCAAGCCCAGCCCCUACAUGUUCCAGUGCAUCACCGAAGACUUCACGGUGGAGCCCGCCCACACCCUGAUGGUGGGUGACCGCCUGGAGACCGACAUCCUCUUCGGCCACCGCUGUGGCAUGACCACCGUGCUCACCCUCACGGGUGUCUCACGCCUCGAGGAGGCCCAGGCGUACCUGGCGGCCGGCCAGCACGACCUGGUGCCCCACUACUACGUGGAGAGCAUUGCGGACUUGAUGGAGGGGCUGGAGGACUGAGGCCGCCUCCCCCUCCCCCGAUCCCGGACAUGGCCGCCGACCGUGAGCCACGCUCAGCACUGGGCUCCCUGGCACAGCUGUCCGUACCCCAGUGAAGGGAGGCUGGGAGCCAGGAAGGCUUGUGGGCCCUCGAAGCCCUCCCAGCAGUGGCUGGACACUGCUCGACAGAAGCUGGCCCCCCACAUCUUACAGGUUCACCCUGGCCCGUCACCUCCCCUCCUUGAAC